AUGAUUUUUGGACAAUGUCAGAAGUGUCUUGAUGUAGUGGGAUCAUUUUCAUACCAGAGGAUAAAAAUGGUGUUCUGGGUUUUUGGCUAUGGAUCUUUGGUGUGGAACCCUGGAUUUGAAUAUGAUGAAAAAAUAAUUGGCUACAUCAAAGACUAUAGGAGAGUCUUUGAUCUGGCCUGCAUUGAUCAUAGAGGUACUCCUCAGCACCCUGCAAGAACUUGCACCUUGGAGCAAUAUGAUGGAGCCAUCUGCAAUCGUGCCACAAGUCUGAGAUUAGGUGCCAAGGUGGUUCAAUACUACCUUAUAAUUGUGGAAAAUAGUUGUCCGUGUCCAUCAUUUUUGCUGGGGCAGAGAUGUGGAAAUUGGGAUCAUGCUGGAAUUCAGAAAGUUGGUGCCAAGGUGGUUCAAUACUACCUUAAGCUAAAAAAUUUGUCGGAGGUGUUGCCAUGCCUUUCUAUUCGACAAAAUGAAGUGGAAACUUUUGAAAUUCAGAACUUGUAUGUGACAAAAUUUGAUGUCAUUUAUAGAUGCUUGGAUGCCACUUGA